UUGUUUUGGAAGAGGAUUCAUUGCAUUAGCUUCUGAUGAGUCAUCUUAAUUAUUUUUAAUUAAAUAAAUCAUAAUAAAAUUAUAAUAUGUACACUUUUAAUGUGCAUUUUUACCACUAGUUUACCAUUACUCCUUUUAUCUUCUUUAUGUUUUACUAUGGAAUCAAACAACGGCGAAGAGCGAAAUGAAUGUUUUGAGAGCGAAAUACUGAGAUUCAUCCUGGAGCAGAUGCAGAUGCUCCUAUUUUGAGUGGAACUCCAGCAUCACUUCCACGUUUGAGCUUCCAAUUGGUGAGCCGGCAUUCAAAAUAUUGAUGUAUCUCAAGUAUUAUGAGAAGUUAAUCGGGCCACCAGCCAUGGUUUCAGAGAUCAUUCAAGAAAUUCGGAAACUGUAAUUUGCAAAUAAACGCAGACGAUGGCUUUGCAGAUUCGAAUGCGAAGUCAAAUGGGCCUGCGUUUGAUUGGGCAUUAAUAGAGAAUAAUGCGGCAAAAAUGGUCGGCGCAGAUCAAUCUUCGUCUUGUUCGAUUGAUAUGAACUGCAACGACCCGGAGGCCGACGAUCAGAACAUCUGUAGAAUAUGUCUUUUGAGUGCAAAGGAAACAGACGAUGCAGCUGAGUUGAUUGAGCUUGGCUGUGGCUGCAAAGGUGAGCUUGGAGUUGCCCAUGUCCGUUGCGCCGAAGCUUGGUUUAGAUUGAAAGGGAAUAGAUUGUGCGAGAUCUGUGGGGACACUGUAAAGAAUAUCGAAGGUGGUAUUAGUGAUAAUGGAUUCAUGGAAGAGUGGGCUCAGAGGAGAGGAGUUGUCAGUGGUAUUAGCAUAUUUGGUGGCAGCGGCACAAGCUGUUGGGGAGCACAGCCGCUAUGUAACUUGUUAAUGGCAUGUCUGGUUCUAGCAUUUAUUCUUCCCUUGUUUUUCCGUGUAAAUAUGUUUUAAUUCACGAAACAGAUCAUUACACACUCCUUCAAAGCCAAGAGCCAUUUUUUAACAUUUGAGUAGGUCUCCCCGCCCCCCCUACUGAUAUUUUGCAAAAUGUGAUCAAUGUCUGCAUUAUGUUGUGCAUGUUGAUGGUUUCAGUGAGUAGCUUUGUUCAAAUUUUCAGAGAACAGCAAAAGCGUAACUGAAACCGUUGAUUUGUCCACUGGCACCCCUUAGUAGACUGCUUAAU